UUAUUUGCAAAAAAUAAUUGUAUUUACUCACGUGCGCGCUGGACAAGUGUUCGGCAAUAAAUAGAUAACUCUAUUUUUCACGAAAAUUGAAAAAAAUUGAUAUAUCUUGGCUAUGGGCGAAGAAGAGAAAGAAGAGAAAACAGCUCGCGAGUAUGAAUGGAUGGUGAGACCAUGCAUGAUAUACAAGGAUGAGUACAACGAUUGUACCAGUGUAAAGGCUCGUUUCAAUCAAUACUUUAUCUUCGGCGAAAAGAUUGACUGCAGUCAAUGGGAAACCGAUUAUCGCAAUUGCUAUCAAUGGCAAAAGCACAAGUCAGAAGAGGCAUAUGAGGAGCUGAUUAAGAGCGAAAAGCAGCGCCGGGCGCAGCGAUUGCACGCGCAUUACGCGAACGACGUCUGGGAGAAAAGGGAAAAACCGCCAGAGAACUGGAAUGCCCCUCUGCCCGAAUGGAUGCAAAAGAAGUUUGAAAACUCGUAUCUUCACAUACGAAGCCAAGAGAUGAAGCAGGGCGCGGAGGUAUCCUCCCUUGACACGAAAUGUACUAUAUCAUAACAGCAGAUUUCUUAUCUCAAGAUUAAGUGUAGCUUGUGUAUAUGUGUAUUUAUUAUUUAAGUCGAGUCAUGUGUGUACAGUAAUAUGUAGAAAGUUUUGCAACCUGUGAGUAAACAUGAAGUCAUGAUGUGACAUUAGAUAUCUUAUCUUGAGGCGCAA